AAGGUAUGUGCGCCGUUUUAUGCUGUAGGUGUCGCUGCGAAGCUACUAGGGAUCACUGGCUGGAACUCGUCAAGCGUGGCUCAAGAUUUUAUUUCCUACUGCGCCAACCGGGGUCGGCCUAUUUCUCCUAGUGGAUUAACCUACGGUGAGCUUCGACACUACGUGAGAUUUGUGAAUGGGCGUAAUACCACUGGAGGACAGAUCAGUAUGUCCGCACUGGACAAAAACUUACUGGGUGGAGUGAAUGGAAAGCUGGCCGGCCAACGUCUGCGUGUAAUCGAUUUAACGGAAGGUGGAUACGUUUGUGCCGCAUUCAACUUGAUGGGAGUAAGCCAUUGUAUCGCCAUCCACGUUGUCUGUGGUGAGAAGUACGUCUACGAUGAGGAAAACGAUUCGGUCGCUUUAGGCGCCUAUGAUUUGGACUGGAUUUACGGGAUCUCUUUUCUGCGUAGAGUGGCGUUGUACGUCAAGUGA